CGUCUUCAAACCCACUUUCAUAUCCGAAAUUUCCGCAAAUCUAUAACGAUCAAGUAAGUCUCUUCGGUGACUAACCUAUACAUACAACCUAUACACACAGAAAAGUCUUGCUGAAUUCAACUCCACCGUCUUCUCCAAGUGUAAAAUGGGGAAAGGAAGACCUAGGUCAGUAGAGAAAGGUGGAUUAGGGCAAAAUUCAAGUCUAGGGUUAGUUAAUUCGAUAUGUAUACCAUCUGCGCCUGUGUAUUAUCCAACUGAAGAUGAAUUUAAGGAUCCUCUAGAGUUUAUUUACAAGAUUAGGCCUGAGGCCGAGAGGUUUGGGAUUUGUAAAAUCGUUCCGCCCGAGAGCUGGAAGCCUCCGUUUGCUCUUGAUUUGGAAAAGUUUAUGUUUCCGACUAAGACGCAGGCCAUUCAUAGGUUGCAAGUUAGGGCUGCGUCCUGUGACUCGAAGACGUUUGAGUUGGAGUAUAGUAGGUUUUUGGAGGGGAGUGGGGGGAAGAAGGCGAAGAAGAGGGUUGUGUUUGAGGGGGAGGAUUUGGAUUUGUGUAAGUUGUUUAAUGCGGUGAAGAGGUUUGGGGGGUAUGAUAGGGUUGUCAAGGAGAAGAAGUGGGGGGAGGUUUCAAAGUUUGUGAGGUCGGUGAGGAAGGUUUCGGAGUGUGCUAAGCAUGUGUUGUGUCAGUUGUAUAGGGAGCAUUUGUAUGAUUAUGAGGUUUAUUAUAGUGAGUUGAAUCGUGUGGCGGAGAAGAGUGGUGUGCGUGAUGAGAGGAAAUGUGAGCCAGAGGUGGAUAUGUUGAGUUCGAAAAGGAAAGGGAAGAAUCAAGGGGACGGGGGAGUUGAGUUGGUUAAAGUGGAGGAGGGAGAGCUUGAUCAAAUAUGUGAGCAAUGUAGAAGCGGGCUGCAUGGUGAAGUAAUGCUGUUGUGCGACAGGUGUAAUAAGGGUUGGCAUAUAUAUUGUUUGUCACCUCCUUUGAAACAGAUUCCAGCUGGGAAUUGGUACUGUUUAGAUUGCUUAAAUUCUGAGAAAGAAUGUUUUGGAUUUGUACCUGGUAGGCAUAUUUCACUAGAAGCUUUUAGGCGUGUAGCUGACAGAGCGAAGAAAAGAUGGUUUGGUUCGGGACCUACCUCAAGAGUCCAACUGGAGAAGAAGUUUUGGGAAAUUGUAGAGGGUUCAGCUGGUCCGGUUGAAGUUAAGUACGGUAGUGACUUGGAUACGUCCGUGUAUGGGAGUGGGUUUCCUCGGGUUAGCGACCAAAAACCAGAAGCUCUAGGAGAAGACGUUUGGGAUGAAUAUCGUGCAAGUCCAUGGAAUCUCAAUAACUUGCCCAAGCUACAAGGAUCAAUGCUUCGAACGGUUCAUCAUAGUAUUGCUGGUGUUAUGGUACCUUGGCUUUAUAUUGGAAUGCUGUUUUCAUCUUUCUGUUGGCAUUUUGAAGAUCAUUGUUUUUACUCGAUGAAUUAUCAUCACUGGGGAGAACCAAAAUGUUGGUACAGUGUCCCUGGCAGUGAAGCAAGUGCUUUCGAGAAGGUGAUGAGAAAUUCCCUUCCCGAUCUAUUCGAUGCUCAACCAGAUUUGCUUUUUCAGCUUGUCACCAUGUUAAAUCCAUCUGUCCUGCAAAACAGUAAUGUUCCGGUUUACAGUGUACUGCAGGAGCCAGGAAACUUUGUCAUCACCUUCCCCAGAUCAUAUCAUGGAGGUUUCAACUGUGGCUUAAAUUGUGCAGAAGCAGUCAACUUUGCUCCUGCUGAUUGGCUACCUCAUGGAGGUUCCGGUGCGGAUCUUUAUAAACUUUAUCGUAAAUCUCCUGUUUUAUCUCACGAGGAGCUUAUCUGUGUUGUGGCCAAGACUGAAUUUGAUAGCAAAGUAACACCUUACCUAAUGAAGGAAUUGCUCCGUAUUUACAACAAAGAGAAAAGCUGGAGAGCUAGACUUUGGAGAAAUGGCAUUGUGCGGUCUUCCUUAAUGUCGCCUCGGGAGCAGCCUCAGUAUGUGGGUGUCGAAGAGGAUCCUACGUGCAUCAUAUGCCAACAAUAUUUGUAUCUAUCUGCUGUUGCUUGCCGUUGUAGGCCGUCUACUUUUGUGUGUCUUGAGCACUGGAAGCACCUUUGUGAAUGCAAAGCAAAUAAACAUCGCCUCCUUUACCGUCAUUCACUAGCAGAGUUAAAUAAUCUAAUUCUGAAUGUUGCUGGGAGGGGUGACUACACAGAGGCUACCCAAGAUAAAAAUUUACAAAAGCAGCAACUCUAUUCGCUUGAUAUUGGUACAUUGUCAAAAAAGGUAGGAAGUGUCCACGUCAACCUUGUGCAACUUGCUGAAGAGUGGCUUUCAAGAUCUUGUAAGCUUCUUCAGAUGCCAUACUCCAUUGUUGCUUUUGCAAAUGCACUAAAGGAAGCUGAACAGUUUCUUUGGGGUGGUUCUGAAAUGGACUCGGUGCGGGAAGCAACAAAGAACUUGAUUGAAGCUCAGAAUUGGGUAGAAGGUGUAAAAGAUUGUGUAGACAAAGUGGAAUUGCGGUUAUGCCAUGGCAACAAUGACAUGGACAGAGUACAUAUGAAACAUGUUCGUGGGUUGCUGAAUAUCGAUUCUGUGCCUUGCAAUGAGCCUGAAUUUCUCAAACUGAAGGAAUAUGCAGAAGAAGCUGAAGUAUUAAUUCAGGACAUUGAGUCUGCUCUUUCUAUGUGCCCCCAAGUCUCCAUUGUUGAUUGGGAGAUUUUGCAUAGCAGAGCGUUUGCCUUGGGGAUCUUUGUCGAAGAAAGUGAAAAAUUAUCUAAUAAGCUUUCUUUUGUGAAGAUCUGGGUCGAAGGUGUAAGAAAAUGCAUUAUGGAAAAAUCUCCAGCAGCGAUUGAGGUAGACAGCUUGGACAAGUUGAAGUCUGAGGUCUCAGAACUCCAAAUUCAACUCCCUGAAAUCGAAAUGCUUGGGGAUUUAAUGAGGCGAGUGGAAUCAUGUCAAUCUCGGUGUAACAAGAUAUUGGAUGGUUCUGUGAACCUAAAGCAACUUGAAUUGUUUCUCCAGGAAAUGGAUGGUUUCACUGUCAAUGUGCCCGAGUUGAAACUUUUGAGGCAAUAUCAGAAGGAUGCUGUCUUAUGGAUCUCCCGCUUUCAAAUUGCUGUGCAAAAUUCUGAACAAUGUAAUGAUCUGGAGAAUGUUGUUACUGAGUUGACACGCAUCAUAAAAGAUGGGACUCUUCUGAAAAUUCAAGUUGAUGAGCUGUCACAUGCUGAGAUUGAGCUAAAAAAGGCGGAGUGCAGGCUGAAUGGACUUGAGGCUCUUCGACGUAAAGUGCCUUUAGAAACUUUCAAAGAAGUACUGGGUGAGGCAAGCAGACUGCAGAUUGGUGAUGAGAAACUGUUUAUCAAUAUUUUUGAAGUACUUACUGCUGCUUUGUCUUGGGAGGAGAGAGCAAAUCAUAUACUUUCAAGUGACGCUCAAAUAUCUGAUUUUGAGGAUCUUAUAAGGACAUCUGAGGGCAUUUCAGUGUUUUUACCUUCUCUGGAAAAUGUCAAGGAAGCAGUAUCAACAGCUAGGUCAUGGCUGAAUGAAUCCAAACCUUUUUUGUAUCCGUGUAUCCCUGUUACACCAGACUCAGAUGGUUUGCUGAAAUCGGAGGCCCUGAAGGAGUUGGUUGCACAGUCAGAGAAACUGAAAAUACGUUUGAUAGAAAUAUCUAUGCUUCAGAAAAUAUUAGAUAAUUGCAUUCAGUGGGAGGUACAGGCAUACUCUGUACUUGAUUAUACAGAGAGCCUACUAAAAAUCAAUUUAGAGGAUGGUAGUGCCAUUGGCUUAACAGCAAAAAUUGAACUUCAAAUUCAUUCAUUGGAAUCCGUUCUCAAAAUGGGUUCUUGUCUUCCUAUUGACUUUGCUGUGACUCAGAGACUUGAUGAUGCUUCUGCUGUUCUUCGUUGUUGCUUAAAGUCUCUCUCCUUUCGUGAUACAACUCCAGUAAUUGAGGAAGUUAUGAUGUUACUGGAGGUUGCCAGCCACCUCCCCACUACUUAUGCAUCCUGUGAAUUAUGGAGUUCCCUGGUUGGUGGGAUGAGCUGGCUUAAGAAUGCAUUGGAAAUAUUCUUGCCUUGUAAUCGUAGGAAAUUCAAGUUGAGUUAUGUUGAAGAAGUUUUUCGGCAAUCACAGAUUUUAAAUGUAUCUUUCCCAGCGAUAGUAGAUCAACUUAAAAACGCUAUCAAGAAGCACAAUUUGUGGCUUGAGCAAGUCCAACAAUAUGCCAGUGUGAAGUCUGGUGACCGGUCAUCGUUUUUGCUGUUCCAGAUUAAGGAACUUGGCAGCACUGAUGCCUUUAAUUGUUUGGAACUGGAAAUGGUCUUUUCUGAUGUGGAACGGGUUGAGCAAUGGAGGCACAACUGUGAAAAUAUUGCUGGGUUGGUUGGAAAUGUUAAGUCACUACCAGAUGCUUUGGCUGAGAUAAGCGGUACCCUUGAUAGGUCCCUGCAUAUAUAUAAUUGUAAGGGACGCAAACUAGAACAAUUAUGCAUACACUGCUUCUGUGGGUCAAAGGAUCAGAAGCUCUUGACUUGUUCUAUCUGCAAUGACUGCUACCAUUUCAGGUGCAUUGAGCCGAUAGGACACGGUGAUCCAAAUAAUUGUUUAAAAUGUAUAUGCCCGUAUUGUAACUUUAUAAGAAGUGGGAACAUAGCUAGAAGUGGAGGGGGCUAUUUGACAAAGAGAAAGCAGUUACCUAGCCUGACUAAGCUCACUCGAAUUUUAUCUGAAGCGAAGCUUCUGUGUGUGUGGAUCAAGGAGAGGGAUAUACUUCUCCAAAUUGUUGAAAAAGCUGAAUUGUGCAGAACACGCUUAACAGAAGUAGCUGAUAGAGUCUUGGCGCAUGUUGACAAGGAUCUCGAUAUAGUGGCUGAAAAGCUUUCCACAGCAUUAAAGGCAGUUGAAGCUGCAGGAGUGUAUGACCAUGAUAGCAACUGCAAAUUUGAGAUGGCAUUAGCAAGGAAUUCAUGGAGGGUUAGAGCCCAGAAACUGUUAGAAUCUUCGCUCAAGCCUACAGUUCAACAGAUUCAACGUCAUUUAAAAGAGGGUUCUGCCAUCAGCAUACCGGUGGGAGAUUACUUCAGGGAGAAACUUAUUGAAGUGAAGCAUCGCUGCGUGCAAUGGGUCGAUACGGCGAAGAAGGUUUCGGUGGAUUCUGGGGAACUUGAGUUGGAUAAAGUUUAUGACCUAAUAAUAGAGGGGAAUGAUUUGCUUGUUGACGUUGAAAAAGAACUCAAGCUUUUGCAAGAUAGAAGUAUGCUCUACUGCAUAUGUCGAAAGCCCUAUGAUCAGAGAGCAAUGAUUGCUUGUGAUAAAUGUGAUGAAUGGUAUCAUUUUGAUUGCAUCAAGUUAACUUCACCACCAAAGGUUUACACUUGCCCUGCAUGUAAGCUGGACAAUGAAUAUUUGUCUUCGUCACUAUCAUCAUCACAGGAGAGGUCUACCAACAAAUGUGAAGAGCCCCAGACACCUUCUCCAGGAAGACCAGGUUCAAGGAGGAGAACAAAACAGACGGAUUCUCUCUGUAGAAAGAGAGACAAACCAGACAGCACUGAAAAUAAUAUUAUCUCAAGGCUUCCAACUGGUUUUGGAAAUUUGUUGUGGAGAAAUAGGAAGCCUUUUAGAAGAGUAGCCAGAAAACGUGAAGAGUUUAACAUUCUGUCCCUUUAUCAUUUACAACAAUGACUUUUAUUUACUCUUAACAUUUAAUUUAUUCAAUUAAUUCAUAUA